CAGCACUAAUACUGUGCUUAUUAUCUGGGGAAGUGGCCAAACUGCAAAAAAUAAAUAAUAAAAAAAUUAAAAAUAUUCGAAAUGCUUUUCUUUACGAUACUGUGCCGAGAAUGGCUUUGGCAUCCUAUAAAAUCAGAAGACAUAUAUAUUUAUUUGAAAAUAAGACCGCCCAGUAAUGAAAUAUCUACAUAUAAACGAUAAAAAUGAAUCUGCGCCCGAUAAUGGUGCAUCUCCCUCAUUCAACCAGGAGCACCAAAUAGACUCUAGGCGGGACUUUCAAAAUAAUCUAUUAAGAUUUCACCCACCGCCGUCAUCGAAACCACCGCCACCCGCGGCUGUGGGCGCUGCCAUCUUGCAGUCUCGUCUCCUAAGGCAUAUACAACACGCGGGGCCAAUUCCAGUGGAGGCAAAGGAUAUUAAUAUAUAUAGAGGAGAGGCAACAAUCGAAGAGCAUCGGUAUCCAAAUGCUUUGCAACGAUCGGCCACCUUGCCAUCGAAGCACAAUCGGUUAGGUUUGCGCAGUCGCGUCACCUUUAAAGUGCCAUCAUCACCGAUACCUCCGGUACCUCAAACCCCAAUUCCUGAUCCCAAUCUUAACACUGAAAAGUUCGCCAAGAUCGUAGUUGGAGCCAAGGAAAGGGAAUCCAGCAAGAUGACUUCCGAAGAUCUGUUGCAACCGGGCCACGUGGUGAAGGAGCGUUGGAAGGUCGUUCGGAAAAUUGGCGGCGGCGGAUUCGGUGAAAUAUACGAGGGUCAAGACCUUAUUACUCGCGAGCAGGUUGCUCUGAAAGUAGAGUCUGCGCGCCAGCCCAAGCAGGUUCUCAAAAUGGAAGUGGCCGUUCUUAAGAAACUGCAGGGGAAAGAGCACGUUUGCCGUUUUAUCGGCUGCGGCCGCAACGAUCGAUUUAAUUACGUAGUAAUGCAGUUGCAAGGCAAGAAUCUAGCCGAGCUUCGACGCGCUCAGCCGCGGGGUGCAUUUUCCCUUAGUACAACACUUAGGUUAGGCUUACAAAUCCUAAAGGCCAUUGAAUCGAUACAUUCGGUUGGAUUUCUUCAUCGUGAUAUAAAGCCGAGCAAUUUCUCUGUGGGGCGAUUGCCUUAUAAUUGUCGACGCGUCUACAUGUUGGACUUUGGGUUGGCGCGUCAAUAUACCACAGGAACGGGUGAAGUUCGAUGUCCCAGAGCUGCAGCUGGUUUUCGUGGCACUGUUCGAUAUGCUUCCAUCAAUGCCCAUCGCAAUAGGGAAAUGGGACGACAUGAUGAUCUAUGGUCCCUUUUCUAUAUGCUCGUUGAGUUCGUAAACGGUCAAUUGCCUUGGCGUAAAAUAAAAGACAAGGAACAAGUGGGAUUAACGAAAGAGAAAUAUGAUCACAGAAUAUUGCUUAAGCAUCUGCCGUCAGAUCUAAAGCAAUUCCUAGAGCAUAUACAGUCGCUAACCUAUGCCGACCGCCCAGACUAUGCGAUGCUCAUAGGACUGUUUGAGCGGUGUAUGAAACGGCGAGGCGUCAAAGAGUCAGAUCCUUAUGACUGGGAAAAAGUUGAUUCAACUGCUAUCCUCGGCAAUAUCAGUGCAACAACAGCAGGAGGCAACCCCCUGGUUCCCCUUAAAAACGAUUAUGUCCACGGAAAUAUAACACAAAUGACUGUGGCUGCAUCCAAUGCAAGUGGAACGGAAUAUGUCCGGAAGCGAUGCGACAUCGAAACAGCUCACAUUACAGCCACCGAGCCCUUGCAUAUUAAAGAUAGAGUGGACAGAAACUGCAAUGCAACGUCACUAAACCCACAGCCAAAAAUUUCCGGUGAAGCUAACCUGCAGCAGCAUAGUGCCAAUAAUCAAAAUGUUGUACAAAAGAAUUUGCUUGCCACAAACACGACCGUAUCCAUAAAUCCCAACAUUCAAAGUAUAGCCCUUAAAACACCAGUAAUUGGCAUGGGAGAAAGUGACAAUGUAUCACAAGCAGUUUUCCAAACGAAAGGCAACCAGCAACACGGCGCCGGUGUCGGCACUGGAUCGUUUUCCAUGGCAAAUCAAAAUAACUCAGCGCCGGUGUAUGGAAAUUCUUAUCCACAAUCCGAGGAAAAAGCGCUAUUAAAUCUUCUGCCAAAGAAUGCAACGAAAUGCGACAAAAGCACAGUGGACACCGAAGACAACGGUAUUACGAAUGAACAGAAAAAUAUGGAAACAAUCGAAGUUCAUCAGCAGAUUCAGAAAUCACAAUCACUAAAUAAAUCGGGAAAUGCAGAAAAGAAAGAAUCAAAUACUAAAUCAACCGAAAUUCAAAAACGAUCAACAGAUGAACCAAUAAAGUCUGCCACAUUUGGUCGGCUUCGUGUCCUUACAGCCCCGCCAAUGAGUGUCCACGAACUGACGGUGAAUCAACAAGCAUCUGGCGAUUUGUCAUCAAUGAAACAGGAGCAGAUAGCCCCGUUUACAGCUGGCAACCUUGCUGGCAGUGGAAAUAGUUCAUCCUCGAAAUUCGCCCUCAAUUUACACGGUCAAAUGUUUAAUAUAGCCAACAUGCCACCAGUCAAUCGCCGUUCCGUAACAUCCACCAACCUGAGACCAUCAUCUUCGGGGGGUGGCGGAGCAACCACAGCCACGAACUCAAUGCAAAGGAUAAACAGUGGAUCAACGACAACAGGAGGUGGCAUCACCGCCAGAAGCAGCUUAACUGGCGACCGUGAUCAUUCAGUUACACAGUUCGCAUUAAUCGAUGAUGAAAAUGUGUCGGCAUUGCAACAGGUUACCAAAGGCGGUGCCGUUACACUGGCCUCCCAAUGGAAGAGUCAAUUUGAUGAUUCAGAGGAUACGACCGAUAAUGAAUGGAAUAGAGAGCCGCAGUCUCAACCCAAUAUCGAGCCAGUGAACAAAGCGGAUAUAUCAUUACAAAUUCAAAAUAAGGCCGUGAAAACAGCCGCCGCUGCUGGAACAGUGAAAUUAAACAAGACCCAAAACAAUGGAAAAGACAGGGCGAAAAGAUACAUGCUCAAUAUAACCGGAAUCGAGAAUUAUGAGUCGUUACGGAUUUCGAUACCAAACUGUUGGUCAGAGCCAGCCAUGGGUAAUGUAUUGCGAAAAGAUUUGGAGCCACCAGCUGUACAGCAAGCAGCGUUCGAUGAUACAGUUUAUCGAAUGGAUAUAGCCAGAAAUGUUUGCGUUAGAGAAGCCUAUUCGGAAAUCGCAGUGCAGAGCAAUAAAGCAAAACCCUCACAUUCUGUUGUGUCAAGGAAUACUAUUCAACCUUUAUCUUACAAAGAGGAUUCGGCGUUUCAGUCAAAUUUAUCGAAGGAGAGUCAGAAAAUUAAGUCGAAACACCGAAACAGCCUACCAAAUGUUUCGGUAGUCGCCGAUAUUUUUGACGACCAAAGCUCGAAUGCAGCGGAAGAAGAAGCGGCAAAACCGUGGUUUGCACAGGCCACCGCAUCGUGCCAGCGAAAAAAUUUGAGCACUGCAGCAAUUCAGGACAACAAUGGAUGUAUCAGUGGUCGCUUGGAGAUUCGUGUCAUUCCGAAAGAAAGAUCACAUUUAGAUGAUUCAAUUUAUUAUGAUGCCUUGGCGGCGGCCGUUAAAAAUAAUCCUGCAAACGAAAAUCAUGGAAGUGAAGACCAACUCUUCGAGAGGCCACCUAUUUACUGUGAUGAAACAACAAAAACUACAGCUGCUGCAGUUAUUAUAGCUUCACCCGCGAGUAUAGUUCAUAAUUAUGUCACGACAAAUCCAAUUCAUUACAAAGAUACAGCCGUUACAAAGGCUCUUACCGAAACUCAUUCUGUGAAUGGCAACAGUAUCGAGAUCAAUGAUCAGACAAUGAUCAAACAAAAUUUGGUUACCGAUUCAAACAUAGCGCCACUAAUGAUAGCCCCCAGCAAAAUUCCAGUACGUCAAUCAAAGUGUGCUUCGUGGGCAGGUGGUGAGUCUGCGGGAGGAGCUGCUACUACACUGGAAACAAACACACCUCAUAAUACCAAUGCAAUGGAUACUAUUAUACCUUUUCGCAAAAUUAUACAAUCGAAGUCUAUAGAAAAUAAUCCUAAUAUGACGGAUCUAACUCCAGGACUACGUCGACGCCGAGAAUCAACGGAAGGAAAAUAUGUUACCGAUCCAACUCAGCUGCAACUGAGAUUUCAAAGACCCCGAUCCAGGACAUCCAGUCGAACUCGUGGCAUUCCCAACUCAAUGUUGGGAGACGGAGACUUUGAUGAUAAUGGAACACUGGUAAACGAAGCUGAUUUCGGAUCUAUGUUGGAGCAAAAUGAACAAAAAUCCAACAAUAUGCGAACGAGUGAUAAAUAUUCCUCGGAGUGCAACAUUUCACCACCGCCAGGAGAUCCAAAAAUGGAAAAUAGCGCCCGACUACGACGGUAUAGACAUAAUAACCUAGAAUAAUCGCCAUAACCAUUAAUAGUUAGAACAAUAAUUGGAAUUUCCAGCCGUGCUUCGGUUAUCGCUAAAAGGGUUGUGAUAUUUAUCAAUAUAAAUCAGCUUAGUGAAGAAAUCCUGUUGUCAACCUCAUACUUCACUUCUACUGUUUUAUAAAGGGUAAAAUACAACGGUUUCUCGACAUAGCCAGCUGACCCAUCAGCAUUGCUGAGAAAUCAUGCGUUAAAUUUCUGAACAAAAUGCUAUCUAUAUUAAACAGAGUUUAACGAUAAUCGAAGCAGGGAUAAUAAUCCUAUUAACGGAGAAAUACCAGGAUUACGCCAUAAUAAUUAGCUCUAUUUAACGGGGGAAAAAAGAUAACUUUUUUAAAAAAAUCGUUUUUUCUAUUUGACAUUGUUAUUUUAUAUUUUUUUUAUUUUAUUUAACGUCAUUUCUAAAAUUAUAUCACAAAGUAUUUAAUACUUCGCUUAAUUCAGUGGAAGAAAAAUCGGUAGAAAAAAGUGUUUAUAUGAAGACUAUGAGUUUAAAGUCGGUUAUUCCUCGAUAAUUCGACAUUUUAGACAUUUUUUCGGGAUAAAAUCUACCACAAAUUGGUAAACCAUUUUUUUUAAAGUAAACUAUUUAUAGUCGCGAUCUGUUAAACCAUUUUUUACCUCUAUUUAAUUCCAAACAAAACACAUCCUAUUAUGAGUUAUUUUUAGUAAUCCUUUUCUAAUGGUUUAAAGGUUUAAAGGUUUGAUCUAAAUAUUUAUUAUUUAUAUUCUCUUUAAUAUUAUUUGAUUGUUGCUACUGAGACUUUUGAUAGAUGUAUUUAUGACCAAAGCUAUAGAAAUAUUCGUUCUGCUCUGCUCGUAGUUUUGUGGCUUCAUAUAAGGUACCGUUAUCUUACGCAUGUUGCGCAUUUGUUGGUCAGCAAAGUUUUUCUACAAGUAUAAUUGUAGCAAAAAAAAAAACACCAACAAAUUUAAUUUCGUAUCUAUCUUCCUUUGUUGUUAUCUACAUGUGUAAGAUAAGGGUACCCAAUAGAUAUUGUAGCCGGGUAUGAACAGAAAUAACAUGUAGGAAACGUGCAGUGUGAGACUGACUGUGAGAUACUGAUACCAUAUAGGGUGAAAUUAAACGUAACGUGGACAUAGCUAAUUUACAUAUGUUGUCUUAUUAUGUUCGAAUUUAUGAAAAACUUUAUUCGGAAGACAAAAGAAAAUGUGUACAAAUUAAGCAAAUGUUGACUAAUGCUAGGCUCGUUCUGCACAACCCCGAAUAAAACGAAUUUUGCUUGGGAGAUGUUCAACAACAAGAUGAUGCAGAAGUUACAUAUACACAAUAAGUUUUUUGUAUAAUACCUCGAAUGUUUGUUAUCUGAUUUUACUUAUGUUUUAAGAAAUCGAUCGCAAACGGACCUAUUAUUGGAUAUCAAUUUGCUUUAAACCGAAUAAAAUGAAUAGAAAAACCAACCGUGGAUGUAUAAAAGUUGUAUAUUUAUACACAGCAUAUAAAUAUUUAUUUUUAAUACAUUUAAAAAACAAUUUUCAGAAUCGUUUGAAAAAUCAAUUAUUUUAUAACAAUAUGUUAAAAAUAGGGAAGUUAUAAUUUUCUUUUUUGUUUGUUAAUGGUAUAUGGUUAGUAGUCCGAUCCUGCCCCUUUCGACUUUGCAAAGUUCUCACACAACUCAAAAACUGAAAGACAAGUUUUCCUAGAAACAGACAGACGGACAUGGUUAGAUCGGCUGCUUAUCGGAACCGUCUCCUUCACUGCGUUGUAGACUUCUGACUAUGAUUAGAAUACCCUGCAAGGAUACUAAAAUCAUUUACUACGCGUUGACAAAUUGUUUUACGAUCUGAUAUUGAGCUGCUAUAAAAAAGGGCUAAAACUUCGAGCAAUGUACAUCGAAUGCGGUAGCUAGAGAAAAACAACUUAAUUUCAUGUACAAUAAAUCUCAGAUUAUCGUUUAAUUUUAAUGAAAAUUUUAUUUAAAAUUAUGAACAACAUUUUUUAUUAUUAUUUAAUUAUAUAAAACGUAUGUUGAAAUGAUGAAAAUGAUUUUAAACGACAAGAAAUGAACACAAAUAACCAUAUUAUGAAAAUAUAAAUACGGCGAGAUCAAGAACAUUUUUGUAGCUAAAUAUUAUAAUGUAGUUUUAUUUAGUUUUGCAAUCAUAGGUAUUUAGAAGACAUUGUUGUAAUCUCAAGUUGAAAAUAAUAGUAAUCUUAGAGGUAGCGAAAUAUCAGUUACGGAUAAAUAAUAAAAUGUACCCCAAAAAAUAAUUUAAUUUAUACUUUGUUAUAUAGUUUAUAUCUGCAGUUGUAAUUUUAAUUUGUUCGGGUAUGCGUGUGUGCUGUUCUUGUUUAUAUGUGACGAUUCGACAAGUGCUUUCUAUAAACUAAGUUUUUAAGAUUUAAUUUAAUUUAUCAAACAACAUAAUAUGAUAUAUUAUAAUAACGUUGAUUGAUUUAUAUUGUAUAUAUUAUAUGCUAUCGUAUCGCAAACAAUAUGUAAUAGAUGCAAAUUAACGUCAAUAAAAUUUAAUAUUAAUUCUGAUA